AUGGAAGACCUGUCAAAGCAACACAUUCCUUCAUGUCAACCUUCCAUAAACUGUACUAUCCACUAUACAUCUUGUUUAUCUGAACCAUGCAUAAAAACAACAAGAAAUGAAUGUACUACAGCUUGUACAGUGAAAAAUUACCAACACGUCGUUGCUCGUGACAUUAGUACUGCGUCACAUACAACAAACAUCGCGUUGGUUGCAGGUUUAAUAUCCGGUCUUGUGUCCUUUACGCUUACAGCACUAUUGAUUGCUCUGUUUGUUUACCGAAAAAGGAAACGCCUGAGAUCGCAUCGACCCGAAGAGCCUCCUUUGAGCGAGAUAUUACCAUCACUAUCAUCUCCAUCUUCAUCUGGAUUUACGCAUGAAAAACAGAUACCAGUCGACUAUAGUCAUCCAGACUCACCGUUUAUCAUCAGUGCACAAUCAUUACAGAUACCUCAUUUGGAUAUACCAGAAUCACCCGUCCUCGCCAGUCACAUCCUGCGCCGAUCACUCAAUCUUCAUCAGACUCAACCGGCAUUCGUCAAGCCUGUGAACAGAUCCUCUUCUGUGAAAUUGACGAAAUACGAUUAUUAUCCUCAGAUGAUACCCGUUGAUACCGAACUUCGCCGUGCUGUCUCUGUCAAGAAGAACAACUCGACUGCUUCUCACACUAGUUCAGUCACACGAAUCGGAAGUGUUCACUCUGACAAGAUCGUCUGUGCAAAGCCAAUGAUUGUUCAUAUCCGUCGUAAGGAAGAUACGAAAAAAGUCGAGACUACCCCUGAACCAUUCUCGGUUGUCUUAUCUGAUCCGGUUCCUGCACACGUAUCGACCUCAUCUGUUCAUAGCAAUAGAAGUGGAAGCAUCCAAUUCUAUUUCUGUCCUUCUACCGAGCAGAGUCAAGUGUCUAUACAAUCCAAUUCCUCUGCACAAUCCACUUUAGCAGAUGGUGAAAUUACCAUCUAUUAUAAUACUUCACCUUGA